UAGGCUUUUAUAUGUGCCUUGCUAUCAUGAAUCGGAAAUGUAAAACAGUGGAAAAAGGUUUAUUGAAUAAUGCAUUUUAUAUGUAGCAUCAUAUGCAUAAAACUUGUUCUAUAAAUAAACUAAUAGUUUUGAUUUUGCUUCUAAUUCCAGAACAGGAUUUUUAAAGGAUUUUUAUUUUGAAGUAACUUGCAUGAAACUGAAGAAGCAAUGCAAUGAACAUUUUCAGCUUCAGUGGAAUUUUAAAAAUAUAUGAAUAUUACUGUGCCAUAUUGCCUAUGUCAUUGGUAUAGCCACUUUCAGAAGAUUUGAAUUACUAAAGCUGUGUCUCUAUGUAGGCAGUUUGUUGAGAAAAACCUAGUGCUUAAAUUUGGCCACGUUUAAAAUGCAGAAUUUGGACAUCUGGCUUGAAAGCAUUUGUUAAACUAGCUACUGUCCUCAAAGGAGGAUACAAUUUUGUUCGAUCAGUCUAACUAUACUAAUAGUACUUUAGUAUCAAUGUAUACUACUUAUAUUUGACUUUGAAGGAAAGAACUAUAAUUAAAUUAUCUUAAAAAUAAAACGUUUUGGCAUAAAAUACAUUAAAAUGAGCAGUAAGUCUAAACAGACUUUUCUCUCUAACAAUUAGCUUAAAUUCUUCUACCUUAGAAAACAACAACACAACUUUGUGGAGAUUUUUUUUAAAAGAUCACUUACAGGAAAACAUAAUAAUUGAAUCUCUUGCUUGCCCACAUGCUUCAUCAGUCAACCAAAAUGUCUGAAUUCUGUUAGGGGGUACCAUAAUAGUCCAACAGUAACAAUGCUUGUUUCAAAUUUACAAAAGACCUUGCUAUGUUUUACUAUCUAAACAUAAUGCGUAUCCACCCCCAUGGUUUUCUUUCGGAAUAAAUCAAAUGAUAGAAUAGAGGGGAAAAAUAAAACGGUGGCUGAAGUAAACCUGCCUGCUCUUUUUUUUUCCAUUAUUGUUGUUAUUUUUUUUAAAGUUAAAUCUGAAGUGUAAGCCCAAACUGUAAAUCAAGGUUUUUUUUUCCCUUCCAGUCAUUACCUUUAGAGGAACUUCUGGUUGAUUUAGAAGGUAACUUAUAUAGAUGCUAACAAAUGACUUUUGGACACCUCUAAAGACGGAAAGAACUGUGAGGAAAUGUGGUCACCUUGCCAUCACAGAGGUUUGGAAAGGUUUGAACCACUGGCACGGACCAAUCUGUUUUAUGCCUGUUAUGACUCAGACACCAAGUUGUGGUAGCCUGCUCGGACUUCACUCCAGCGCUGGUGGGGAAUGUGUUUGCUAUUGCAGUGAUCAUGGUAUAAACUAAAGAUGUCAGACAGAAUUGGAACAGGAAGUCCCAGGGGGAAGAUGAUAAUAUUUAUAAUGAAGGCAAUGGAGAAAUACAUACAAGGUGAAUAACUGGGAUCAAAACACUGUUUUGCUAAAACAAUAUAUUAGCUAUACAAGAUGUUCAGACUGGAUCAAUGAUUAGUGAACAAAAUAAUGUGGAUAGCCAAGUAGUACUAACUGUUGUAGAGAAGAAACAGGUCUAAGCUAAAUAGGUGUAAGAUAAAUUUGGUGGGAUGGGAUGGGAUUCAGGUUAGAAAAUCUGUUAUUUAGGCAACAGAACUGAAUCAUUCCUGCUUUCUUUAUCACUGCUGUAUGCUGACGGCCUGCCACCAGAAGUGCUCUUGUGCUCUGACUAAUGAAGACGUGGCACUGGACAUGCAUUUACAAAGGGGGAGCGGAGGAAAGCAAAGCUGUGUAUACACCUGUGCUUAUCUGAAGAAUAAUAUACAAGCUGGAUAAGUCAACUUCUGGGUGUCAAGCUGCCAAUAAGCUGUCAGCCUGUCAAGCUGUCAAUAAGCCAACACUUACUGCAGUGAUGACAUUAAUACUGAUAGAAUUUUGAUUACUCUAUCACUAAUGAUGUUAAGAUGCCCACAAUUUUGUCUGCAUGGAAGAGCAUUUGUUUUUUGCCAAGCCAAGCAUUUGGCUUUUGUUUUAGUUUUCAGUAUUGAAACCCAAGAAAGAUGUAAAGCCUUCUACUCAGGAAAAACAAACAGUCAUCAUUAGGGGUAAGAUAAAGAUUUAUCUUAUCAAAAAUUAGUCUUAAAAUGUCUCUUUAGAGAUGCGUUUUAUGUGAUACUAACCAAAAAUCACCUAAAUAGUAGAGAUAAGAGUGUAGUGAAUGUACAAGCAAAAAAUAUUGAGCAGCUUUGAGAUGAAGGAUACUACAAAAUAAAGCCGAGGUAAAUUAGCAUAGUCCUUCUUGCACUUUGUCUUAGUUUGUAGUAUGACAGGAGCAUAUUGACUGUCAAUAACAUCAGAGAAGGAAAGCAACGCUUUCAUUAAAAUGUUAUGGUUUUGGAAACAGACAUUACUUUUCUCUCUCCAGCAUCAAGAAAAAGAUCCAUAUUUCAUCUUGCUUGAAAACCAUUCUACCAGCUGUAAUUAUCUGUUAGUCACCGUUUGGUAGAUACGGUUAAUUAUUUUUAAUUAAAAGUAAUAUUUUGAUAGAGCUCUGCUAUCUCUGCUGGAAGUUGUAUUAAACUUAUUAUAUGCUUACCACCAAUUUUCUGUAAUGCAGCUUAGGGAGGAGGAAUUUGCACUGCACUGUUCAAUAGCAACAGGUCUUAAGAGUAUUAAGGAUGAAAUUCUCAAGGGUCUUUAUGUCAUGGAUGGAAAUGGAAUCAUUACUGUAUUUUUGAACUGCUAACGUCAUUGACACCCACCUACAGUCCACUAGAAAUAUAAGUACAGAGAUCAGUUCGUUCACAGAUUACAAGCAGACUAACCAAGAAGGGGCAAGCCAGAGCCAAAUUCACUGGUAGUCUGUUCAUCUCUUCAACAUGUGGAAAGUGGUGCUCCUGGGUCUAUAUACAGUAUUGGCUGUAAGAGGAUUGACAAAGGGUGCUCCUUUCCAACCAGAAGAAAAAUGGAAACCUCUAGAUAACCCUAGAAACAGAGAUCUGUUUUUCAGAACCCUCCAGGCUUAUUUUUCGGGCAGGGGUCUUGAUCUCAGAAAAUUCCCAGCUACUUUCACUAUGAACAAUGAAGGACCGAGGCCUGUCAUGCUCUACUCAGAUCCUAUUGCUUCUGCAUUUGCAGAUUAUGAAGAAAGGAAAAAUUCUUUUCCAAAUUAUUUCAAAGGCUAAAAGAUGGUGCUGAACCAAGGUGUUAACUUCUGAACUUUCACACCUCACAGCAAACCACUAUUGCUUUGCCUUUUUACCUGUUAUACGGCACUUUAGAAACCCCUCUGUGUCACAGUUUUGCCCGUGCAAGUUGCCGUUUCCCUGUAGCUGGCUCUUUGCUGUCUGUUGACAAAGGUGUGCUGCUGGGCUGCUUUUGUGUUAAAACGUGAAUAAAUGGGGAGUGCAACGGGGGGCUUCUCCCUUCUGCCACGUGUCUUUGUUCGCAGCAGGUAAACAAAUGCUGCCUCUCG